UCCUCUUGAACUCAUUAGCCAAUCAGGUUCUGAAGACAUUUCCCAAGGCGGCUUCCUGUCUCUCCACUUUCUUUCCCUCUCCGUUUUGGUGGGCUGGUUGAAGAUGAAAUCCACUGAGGAGGGAAGUCCAGCACCCUGUGUGCCAGUCCAGGACUGGCCCAUCUGUAGACCCCCUGAAAAUCAUGGGCUUGAAUUUGGAUAUUCUCAACAGAAAGGGUUAAAGACUGAUGGGACCUAAAGCCUGGUACUUGAAUUUUGAUCACAUAAGCUGCCUUAAGUUCUCUUUAUUACACAAAUGAUCCUAGGUAAUUGAUAGAUCCUGUGGUUCAACUGGAUUUCUAGAUAGAAGCUGGAUUCAUGUGAUGCCAGAGAAGUAAAAUUUCGAGAGACUGAAACCAGAUCUGAGUCUCACUGUUCCAGUCUGGACCUCUUUGGUGCUGUAAAUCCUGGAUAUACAGUAGAUGAUUACUACAUUUUUCUUUUAUGAAAGCCGGAGCUGCCCGCCGCACCCCCACAGGGCCUGGCAGGUCCCAGGAUGCUUCGGGGCAACCCUACGCACGCGCGCUCUGGUGUAGUUCCCUGGAGCACUCGCGCAGAGAAUCCUGGAAUCUUCGCUUGUGGAGCUGUGGAGGCAACGGAGUUUUUCCGCGCUUUUUCUUUCAGCCUCAGAUUAAGACUCUCUUCAGCUUCUGGAGACCUCACUAUCCUAUUAUGUCUUUGUGUGAAGACAUGCUGCUUUGUAAUUAUCGAAAGUGUCGCAUCAAACUCUCUGGCUAUGCAUGGGUCACUGCCUGCUCUCACAUCUUCUGUGAUCAGCAUGGCAGUGGUGAGUUUAGUCGCUCACCAGCUAUCUGUCCUGCCUGCAACAGUACCCUUUCUGGAAAGCUAGAUAUUGUCCGCACAGAACUCAGUCCAUCAGAGGAAUAUAAAGCUAUGGUAUUGGCAGGACUGCGACCAGAGAUCGUGUUGGACAUUAGCUCCCGAGCACUGGCGUUCUGGACAUAUCAGGUACAUCAGGAACGUCUUUAUCAAGAAUACAAUUUCAGCAAGGCUGAGGGCCAUCUGAAACAGAUGGAGAAGAUAUAUACUCAGCAAAUACAAAGCAAGGAUGUAGAAUUGACCUCUAUGAAAGGGGAGGUCACCUCCAUGAAGAAAGUACUAGAAGAAUACAAGAAAAAGUUCAGUGACAUCUCUGAGAAACUUAUGGAGCGCAAUCGUCAGUAUCAAAAGCUCCAAGGCCUCUAUGAUAGCCUUAGGUUACGAAACAUCACUAUUGCUAACCAUGAAGGCACCCUUGAACCAUCCAUGAUUGCACAGUCUGGUGUUCUUGGCUUCCCCUUAGGUAACAACUCCAGGUUUCCUUUGGAUAAUACACCUGUUCGAAAUCGGGGCGAUGGAGAUGGAGAUUUUCAGUUCAAACCAUUUUUUGUGGGUUCUCCCACAGCACCUGAACCCAGCAACAGCUUUUUUAGUUUUGCCUCUCCAAGUCGUGAAUUAGAGCAGCAGCAAGUUUCUAGCAGGGCCUUCAAAGUAAAAAGAAUUUGAGCCACGCAUGGUGUCACACACCUGUGAUCCCAGCUACUUAGGAGGUUGAGGCUGGAAGGAUCCCUUGAGCCCAGGAGUCUGAGGCUAUAGUGAUCUAAGAUCAUGCCACUGCACUCCAGCUUGGGCAACAAAGUGAGACCUUGUUUCUAAAAAAAUAAAGAUAAUUUAGCUAACUUUGCAGAAUGUUUCUAUGUUCCUCUUUAGUGAUUUCAUUUAGCAAAUCUUUUUCCUAGUUAGGACUCCUCAGCUUCCCUGUGCUUUUAAAUCUCUGAAGUUGUCUUCACAUUAUCGACAUAACAAACUCAUUGGCAGUGGGGAGUGGUUUAGAGUUUGGUUUCUUUGUUUCUAUUAUUUAAAGCAUAAGCAUUUUAUUAAUCUAAAUUCCAUUGUGAACUGCUGAAUUUUCAUCCCUGGUGGGAAGGUCACAAUAGUAUUUGUUUCAAUAGAUAACUGUUUCUCCCUGGGCUGUUUCUGACUGAGCUGUGUUGUUUAUGCCUUAAGUACCUGUGUUAUAUGCUACAUGUCGCUUUGAAUUCUGGUAUUUAUGCAUAUCUGUAUAUGUAAGUAUGUUAAUGUACACUGAUAUUUUGCUGUAUUUGUAUGUUUUAUGUGAAAAUUUUGGUCUUGGAAAAUGGUGGGUGAUGUGUGGCUUGUUAUUUGGGUAUGUGUAUUUAUUUGUAUAUAUUUAUGUAUUUACCUUCAUAUUAACUUGUUUGGAGGUGUGCUUAUGUCAGUGAACGAGAGUACAAUUUGAUGCAUGUAUGUUCAGUCCCUGUUUGUAUUUAAAAUAACUCACAUUGAUAGUUAUUUUUUAAAGUUAAUUUUUUUGGUGUUUACAGUUGGCCCUCUGUAUCCACAGGUUCUGCUUCUGCAGAUUCAGCAAACCAUAUAUCAAAAAUAUUUGAGAAAAAAUUAAUGAUAUAACAAUAAAAAAUACAAAUUAAAAAUACUGUAUAAUAACUAUUUGGAUAGCAUUUACAUUGUAGGUAUUAUAAAUCAUUUAGAGGUGAUUUGAAGUAUUUGGGAGAAUCUGUAGGUUAUAUGCAAAUACCAUGCCAUUUUAUAAAAGUGACAUGAGCAUCCAAGGAUUUUGGUAUCCAUGAGGGUUCCUGGAACCAAUCCCCCAAAGAUACCAAAGGAAGACUGUAUUUUAAAAUAAAGCUACUACUUUACCUUUUUGUCAGCUGUUGCCUUGGGUUUAUUUAUUUAGGAAUGCACUUCUGCAGAAAGUUUACCAAUGUGUUAUUGAUCUCAAGAGACUGUAUUAAAAUAAUUUACAAGAUUUA